GGCUCUGGAGUGUGCUGAGGUUUAAAAACGAUAUUUACCUUAUUAGUUAUGUCAGCCUUAGGCUAAUAUUAACAUGCAUUUCCUGAUUGGCAGCGGGGGUGGCACGGCCACUCCGUUGUCAGCCUGGGAGUGAACAGGAUUCAGAGAACUCAGAGCAAAUCCCAGAGGCCUGGUUCCCAGGAUUGCGCAGUCUGGGUUUGACUGUUACUGUCCUUCCAGGAUCUGAGGGAUGAGCUAUGUCCCCACCGAGGCUCCCCACGCCCACAGGCGUGUAGCGUGGCCUGAGAAGCCGGACCUGCGCGGAAGGCUGGCAGAAAUGGGCUCCUGGCAGAGGCCGGGGCACUCAGUGGCAGCAAGGAGGAGAGGCCUGGGCAUCCGGAGCAGGGCCGAGCCACGGCAGCCAGGGAGCGUGUGAAGCCCGCCAUGGUCCAGAGGCUGUGGGCCGGCCGCCUGCUGCGGCACCGGAAGGCCCAGCUCCUGCUGGUCAACCUGCUGACCUUCGGCCUGGAAGUGUGCCUGGCCGCUGGCAUCACCUACGUGCCACCCUUGCUGCUGGAGGUGGGGGUCGAGGAGAAGUUCAUGACCAUGGUGCUCGGCAUUGGUCCAGUGCUGGGCCUCAUCUCGGUCCCACUCCUAGGCUCGGCCAGUGACCACUGGCGUGGACGCUACGGUCGCCGGAGGCCCUUCAUAUGGGCCCUGUCCCUGGGCGUCCUCCUGAGCCUCUUCCUCAUCCCGAGGGCCGGCUGGCUGGCGGGGCUGCUGUGCCCGGACGCCAGGCCCCUGGAGCUGGCCCUGCUGAUCCUGGGCGUGGGGCUGCUGGACUUCUGCGGCCAGGUGUGCUUCACCCCGCUGGAGGCCCUGCUCUCCGAUCUCUUCCGAGACCCAGACCACUGUCGCCAGGCCUUCUCCGUCUACGCCUUCAUGAUCAGCCUUGGGGGCUGCCUGGGCUACCUCCUGCCCGCGAUCGACUGGGACGCCAGCGCCCUGGCCCCCUACCUGGGCACCCAGGAGGAGUGCCUCUUCGGCCUGCUCACUGUCAUCUUCCUCACCUGCGUGGUGGCCACGCUGUUUGUGGCCGAGGAGGCCGCGCUGGGUCCGGCUGAGCCGGCGGAAGGGCUGGCUGUCCCCUCGGGGCCGCACUGCUGCCCGUGCCACACCCGCCUGGCCUUCCGGAGCCUGGGCGCCUUGUUUCCCCGGGUGCACCAGCUCUGCUGCCGUGUGCCUCGCACCCUGCGCAGACUCUUUGUGGCCGAGCUGUGCAGCUGGAUGGCUUUCAUGACCUUCACACUGUUCUACACGGACUUUGUGGGCGAGGGGCUGUACCAGGGCGUGCCCCGGGCUGAGCCGGGCACCGAGGCCCGGAGACACUAUGAUGAAGGGGUCCGGAUGGGCAGCCUGGGGCUGUUUCUGCAGUGCACCGUCUCCCUGCUCUUCUCUCUGGUCAUGGACCGGCUGGUGCAGCGAUUCGGCACCCGGGCCGUCUAUCUGGCCAGUGUGGUGGCCUUCCCCGUAGCUGCCGGCACCAUGUGCCUGUCACGCAGCGUGGCCGUGGUGACCGCGUCGGCUGCCCUCACCGGCUUCACCUUCUCCGCCCUGCAGAUCCUGCCCUACACGCUGGCCUCCCUCUACCACCGGGAGAAGCAGGUUUUCCUGCCCAAAUACCGAGGAGAUGCCGGAAGCAGUGUCAGUGAGGACAGCCUGAUGCCCAGCUUUCCACCUGGCCCCAAGCCCGGAUCUCCUUUCCCCAAUGGACACAUGGGUGCUGGAGGCGGCGGCCUCCUCCCUUCUUCACCUGUGCUCUGUGGGGCCUCUGCCUGCGACAUCUCCACGCGGGUGGUGGUGGGCGAGCCGCCUGAGACCAGGGUCAUCCCGGGCCGGGGCAUCUGCCUGGACCUUGCCAUCCUGGACAGUGCCUUCCUGCUGUCGCAGGUGGCCCCGUCCCUGUUUAUGGGCUCCAUUGUUCAGCUCAGCCAGUCUGUGACUGCCUACAUGGUGUCAGCUGCGGGCCUUGGUUUUGUGGCCAUUUAUUUUGCUACACAGGUGGUAUUUGACAAGAGCGAUUUGACCAAAUACUCGGUGUAGAAUCCCUGUGACCCACUGAGGACCCUGCCUCCCUGGGUCCCAACCCCUCCCCCACCCCCCACAGUGGAUCCAGGUGGCCCCCUGGGGGGGCCUUCCAGUUUGUCCCUGCCAAAGUGGUGUGGCUCUCUGCUGCCACCCCGUGGCGGUGAGGUGCAGAGCUGCACAGGUAGGGGACUGGGGCUUCUCUUUCUCUCUCUCUCUCUCUCCAGUCUUCCGGGCUGGCUGACUGUUGGUCCAAACGGGCUUCAGUCUGGAUUUCUCCAGGGAGGCCAGAAGGGUAGGGCAUUUCCUUAGCUCCGUGCACUGGAAUGCGGGACUCUGCAGGGAGAUGACCCAGGCAGGGUUAACUGCUAGUGUCCUGGUGAAGACAUACCCAGAGAAGGGAUUUGGAGAGCUCAGUAACCUCGACCACCUGGUCUCUCAUCUCCAAGCCCUCUUAUCCCAUAGAUUCCUUUGAUGUUGUCUUGCAUGGAAGUUUCUAGUAUGAAACUCCUCUGCAGGAUUUGAGACUAUGAAAGUUAUUUGUGGGGAGAGAGGAAGCCGCCUGGCCGCAUGGCACUGCCUUCUCCCAUCCCCCAACAACUACAUUUGAUCAGGACAUGGCUUGUUGGCCCCUAUGGUGCCAUCAUAGGGACACAGGCCUUUAAAUAUUUAACUUAUUUAUUUAACUAACUAGAGGGGAAUCAAUUCCCAGCUCUGCCAUCUUGGUGUCUCAGAGGUGAGAUCCCCAGUGGGCCCCGGGAGACAGCUGGUUUAUAGGGCUGAGCAUUGCCAGAAUCAUCUUCCCUUGGGUGAUCAGUCUGGCUCUAAAACUGCCUAACCCAGGAGCUUGGAAGCUCUGCUUACCCAGCUGAUACCCCAAAUCAUGUUACCCAAGACUGGGGGAGCUGGGGGUGAGUGGAAGGUGGGGCUCCGGGUCUCAGCAGCCCCCCUAGCCUCCCCUCCUCUCUUGGCCCAGCCCCCCCCCCACCCCCACUCCUCCCCUCUGCUCUCUCCAGGGCUGGACUGAUGAAGGAGCUGCUCACCCCUCCACCCCCUUUCCCCACUGACUCCAUAACCCUCUCCCUGGGGCUGUUCCAGGACCGGAAGCACAGAGUGUGGCUCCUCGAGCUUUUAUCCGUCUCAGCCCCCAGGGCAUAUCCGUGCUUGGGGAAUCUUGCACGGAAACUCAGGAGUACCCCCUGCCUGGGCUGAGGAGGUCUUAUCUCUGGGGGGUUUAAGUGCCGUUUGCAAUAAUGUUAUGUCUUAUUUAUUUAGUGGAGUAAAUAUUUUAUACUGUUUGUGAGCAAUCAGAGUAUAAUGUUUAUGGUGAUGAAAUUAAAGGCUUCUUAUAUGUUUCGUUG